CCCAAUGCUGCAGCCUGGACAGGGCGGCUGGCUGCCAGCAGCACAGAGCGCAGAGGCCAGAGCAACGCAGCAGGGCCUUGCCUGAAGCCAGAACCGCAUCCUGGCCCUGAAGGACAGAGUCAGGGCCAUCAGCAGGCAGCCGGAGCAGUGCUGGGGUGAGCACCCCCCUCGGGGUCCAUGUGCCCACCCGAGGCCCAGGCAGAGGUGGGCCCCACCAUGACCGAGAAGGCCAAGAUGGUGUGUGCCCCCAGCCCAGUGUCUGCCCCACCCCCAAAGCCUGCCUCUCCUGGGCCCCCAAAGGCGGAGGAGGUGGGCCACGGAGGCUCCUCGCCACCCAGGCUGCCCCCUGGCGUGCCAGUGAUCAGCCUGGGCCACACCAGGCCCCCAGGGGCAGCCAUGGCCACCACGGAACUAAGCGCCCUCCGACCCCCACUGCUGCAACUCUCCACCCUGGGAACCGCCCCACCCCCCCUGGCCCUGCAUUACCACCCUCACCCCUUCCUCAACAGCCUCUACAUUGGGCCGGCAGGACCUUUCAGCAUCUUCCCUAGCAGCCGGCUGAAGCGGAGACCAAGCCACUGUGAGCUGGAGCUGGCUGAGGGGCACCAGCCCCAGAAGGUGGCCCGGCGUGUGUUCACCAACAGCCGGGAGCGCUGGCGGCAGCAGAACGUGAACGGCGCUUUCGCCGAGCUCAGGAAGCUGCUGCCAACGCACCCGCCCGACCGGAAGCUGAGCAAGAACGAGGUGCUCCGCCUUGCCAUGAAAUACAUUGGCUUCCUGGUGCGGCUGCUGCGCGACCAGGCAGCGGCUCUGGCCGCGGGCUCCACCCCUCCAGGGCCCCGCAAACGGCCGGCGCACCGAGGCCUGGACGACGGCACCCGCCGCGGGCCUUGCCGCAGGGCCGAGGUGGUGGAGCGUCCGCAGCCCGUGCCCCCAGGCGGCCCCGACGGCAGCCCCGGUGGGGCGGGCCGACCCAUCAAGACAGAACAAGCGGCUGUGAGCCCCGAGGUGCGAUGACCUCCACGGUGUCGCCUCUGAGCCGAAGGGCACUGGGAACUCAGCUCGGGGCCGUCCAGGAAGGGGCGGACGACGCGCAGCACCUGCUCUGGAGCGAACUGCCCCGAAGAGGGACUAGUGAGGAGUCCCCUACAGGGGAAAGGGCCCUGGGGUCUGGAAGGGUGACCGUCGCCCUCAGGGGCUCUGCAGACCCUUUUAUCGUCCACUGCCCGCUGGAAGUGGCCUUGUCCGCGUACCCCUCCCGGGGGUGAGAUCCGUAACCAACACGUCAGAGCGAUCAUCGGACGCAAGUGGUGCCUCAUUUUUCCGUGCUGGGGUCACCGAGGGAGGUGGGGAGGGGCCGGAGGGCCUACUCCUUUCUCACCCGCGCCCCCUCUCGGAGACUAAGAGAUACGCGCCCCUCGACGGUGGUGGCGGCCGGCCUGGCGCGAGAGAGAUGCAGAAUCCGCGAGGCAGCCCCACCCCACCGAUCCUGAACUUGUCCCGCACGAUCACGUUAGCGAAGGCUCAGGCGCUCUUGCUUUUGUUUUUCUUUAUUUCUUUAUUUCACAUACACAUUAGCCAUUCAAUGGAGAAGCCGGAGAGAGUCAGGCAAAGAUGGUAUAACAGAAGCGCAGU